UCAAAUUACAUAUCCAAGGCUAGGAUGCGCUAAAAAUGUAGACUGAACAUAUAUAUUCCAAAUUCGGAGAGCAUGAUUGUCUUGAGGCAAACAGCUUUUAGUACUGAUCUUUGUUUAAUUAUAAGUAUGGCUACUCCCUAGCCUUUUUUAUUUAGUUGCAAUAGGUCAAACAACGAAUUACAAUGAAUGAUGAUGGAUAGACUAUUCACUCUAUUCUGCAUAACAAUUACUUUGGCAGUCCGGAAUCCUGCUAUUGGCAUUGGUAUUCAUGUUCUAUCAGAAGAGUUCAAGCUUAUGAAAGAUGAUAGUGCUUUCGACGAAAUAGAAGAAUAUAAUGAAGAAGUUGGUUUGGAACAUAACCAUCCUCCUGGCAAGCAUAUUAUUGAAGGUGAUAUGAUGGAGGAUGACAAAGGCCCACCUGUGCGAUAUGGUUACAAACGUGGAACUAUAAGGAACGAUUUGAAGUUGUGGAGAACAAGGACGAUUCCUUACGUAAUAUCGCCUGAAAGAGGUCAGUUCGCCUUAAAUUAAUGAUUUUCUUCUGUGAAGAAAAUAUAUUAGGCACGCCAACAUUUUUGUUCAUUUAUCUAAAAAUGUAACAGAGCAUAUUCGCUAAAAACCGACCAGCUAGGUCUUAAUUCUUAAUUGUUAUACCUCCAAAAAAUUUAAUUGGGUUGGGUACGAUAAUGAUAUCCCCCAAUUUGGUCUAGCUGUGUCAAUUCUAAUCUAAAAUUUACACCGUUCUCCGGUCUUUUUUGGUUUUUCAACUGUCUAUAUUUUGUCACUGUGGUACA